UCACACGCAGCGUGAAUGACAUGUAGCUUGCGGCAAUGGCCGAACGGUGCACGGACGCGGACGCAAACGCAAGCGCACUGUCACCAGGCUGAGCCUGUCAUCUCUGUCGUCACCGCACCUUGGCAGGCAGCCUUUGGUCGACCAGCUCGUCGGCGGCGGCAACGUGAUUACGCAAAAAUAGCACAGCGAGUGUGCUAUGGUUUAGGGGACCGGCUCGGCGACGGGCACCGCAACUCGGUCCACGAUGGCCAUGCACGCGCAGCCGGACCUGCUCCACCUGGUGGACACGCUCUGCGCGUCGGGCCGCUCCGCCGAGGCGCACCACCGCGUCUCCAUCCUCCUCCUCUCCUCCACCUCCCCGUCCCGCUCCCGCCUCGACGCCCUCCUGCGCCGCCUCCUCCGCGCCCGCACGCCCUUCCUCACGCUCCGCCUCGUCCAGGCCGCCGCGCCCGCUCUCGUCCCCUCCCUCCCCAACUACAACCGCCUCCUCGCCCUACUCUGCCGCGCCGACCCGCCGCCGCUCCCCGUCCUCCUCGCCCACCGCCUCCUCCUCCGCAUGCGCGUGGCUCCCGACGCCGCCUCUUACGCCGCGCUCCUCGACGGCUACGCGCGCGUCCCGGACCCCGGCGCCGCGCGGAAGCUGCUCGACGAAAUGCCCGGCCACGGGCUCGCGCCCAGCUCCCUCGCGCGCACCUUUCUCGUCAAGGCGUUCCUCCGCAGCCGCGACGUUGACGCUGCUAUGGACCUCGUAGACAACCAUCUCUGGCCGAGCAUGGCGGCGGACGCGGACGGCCGUCGAUUUCUGGAGGACCAGGAGAUCACCAACGCCUCGUUCGCCAACCUCGUGCAGUGCCUGUGCGCCGAGGGGUUCUUCCACGUCGUGUUCCGGAUCGCCGAGGAGAUGCCGCAGCGGCGGUGUGGCGUGGCCGACGAGUUCGCCUACGCGCAGAUGAUUGACUCCAUGUGUCGGACCGGGCAACACCAUGGCGCGUCCAGGAUAGUGUACAUCAUGAGGAAGAAGGGUCUGUGCCCAAGCACCGUCUCCUACAACUGCAUUGUUCACGGGCUUUGCACCAGCCAGAAGCCCGGGGGGCGCCUGAGGGCGUACCAGCUGGUGAUGGAAGGUGCAUGUUUCGGGUAUCGCCCGAGGGAGGUGACAUACAAGGUGCUUGUCGACGAGCUAUGCCGGGAGAAUGAGCUCGGCAAGGCUAAGGACGUCCUGGAGCUGAUGCUGCAGCCCAACAGUCAGUGUGGCCAUGACAAGUGUGGAGGUGCUGAUGAUGAGACCAGGACUAGGAUAUACAACAUGUUUCUUGGGGCACUGCGCGUCGUGGAUAACCCAAGUGUGCAGCUUGACGUGCUCAUGUCCAUGCUGCAGGAGGGAUGCAAGCCGGACGUGAUCACCAUGAACACCGUCAUCCAUGGCUUCUGCAAAGCUGGGAGGGCUCAGGAGGCCAGGAGGAUCAUGGACGACAUGUUGAACGGGAAGUUCUGUGCUCCUGAUGUCGUCACCUUCACAACUCUCAUAACCGGAUACCUGGAUGCAUGUGAACAUGAAGAAGCCCUUCAUGUGCUGCGCACUUUGAUGCCUAGGCGCCGGUGCUCUCCUACUGUUGUCACUUACAAUUGUGUCCUCAAGGGACUAUUUGGCCUUCAGCAAGCUGAUACAGCAAUGCAGGUGCUUGAGGAAAUGAAUGCUAAUAACGUCGUUGCUGAUUGUGUGACUCAUGCUGUGGUUAUCAAAGGGCUGUGCGAUGCAGGACAGCUCGAGAAGGCAAAGGCAUUCUGGGACAAUGUUGUGUGGCCAUCAGGGAUACAUGAUGAUUAUGUGUACAGUGCAAUCUUCAGAGGUAUCUCCAAACAGGGGAAACUGGAACAGGCAUGCGAUUUCUUGUAUGAGCUGGUAGACUGUGGUGUUGCUCCCAGUGUGGUGUGCUACAACAUACUCAUAGACGCUGCCUGCAAACAGGGACUGAAGAAGCUAGCCUAUCAGUUGGUUAAGGAGAUGAAAAGAAAUGGCCUAGCACCGGAUGCUGUGACCUGGAGGAUUCUUGGCAAGUUGCAUGAUUGUUGCAAGGAAGAACAAGAGGAGGGAUACCAGCUGCCCACUUAUCGUGGGGACCAAAGUUCUGCAGAUGAUAGAGUGGAGCCUCUCGUCUCAACCAAAUACGAGAUGCCUUUGCUGUCUUCAUCAAAAAAUGUGCUGGAGAUUAAUGAGAAUAAUAACAAAGUUAAGAUUGUAGGAGAGGUUGGUUACUCAAUAGAAAUGACUGAGAAACCACCAGAUAAUACUGAGCCGGACAAAGAACAGGACGAUUAUCUGAUGGAUAAUUCAAGAGGUGGAACAGCAAUGGAUAAGGGUGGCGCAAUUCAGGAAGAUGGCAAGAAGCCAGAUAUGCAACCUUUAAUAAGAGAACCACUCUCUGAAGUGGCCAGAAAGGUGUUUGGGUUGCCGUAGGAUAGGCUUUGCCACUUAGGAGGGCAACAGAUCAGAACUGGAAUGCUUAAGUUAGAUUACAGAUUGGAAGUUGUGUUGAUGACCACUGCAAGUAAGGCCAGUAGGAAUACAACACUUCAACUUAUGAAGCAUUCGCGUCAUUCCAAAGAAUAAGCCUGGAGCUUGCUUGACAUUUGUGAAAUGAAUUCAGAUGUCUGCAGAAUAACUGCACAAUAAUUUCAGGUGCACUGUGAAAACUUGGAUAUGAAAGCUUCAGUCUA